AUGGAUGAACUGGUCAGGAGGUUUCAAUCUGAUAGAGAUUUGAGUCCAGAAAGUUUAUUUCGAAUGUAUGAAAGUAUGGAAGUCUCGAUAGUUAAUUGGAUUGACCUGAAUGGCGCACAUCUUUCUGUGCUGAGGUAUCAUGCUUUAGAAUUGGCCAAAUUUGCACCACUAGAAGUGCUGGACGCUGAUGAGGAUAUUCCAAUUGAGGAAGAGGAGAAUGAAGAAGUUGAAAUUUCAGGUAACAAUUUUUAUUUUUUUUUUGAAUUUUAGAUAAUAAUCGAAAAAAAUUAGAUUUUGGCUAAACGUAUACAUCAAUUUUAAGAAUUUUUUUGAAGCAACGCCGUGUUAUUUUUCUUUAGUUUAAAAAUAAACGUUUUUAAUUUUAGAUAACACUCCGUACGUUCCAGUGAAUAAAGUCAAGAAAGUGGAAGAUGCUAAAGUCAACAAGAAGAAGCGAAAAGAAGGUGCUUUGUCUUCUGUUUCUACAAGGAAUUUGUCACAAAAUUCAAAGACGGAUAAUGGAUAUCAAGAACCCAAGAAGAAGGUCGCUUUAAAACGAACAGAAGAAACUGCAGUACGUCGUGUAGCUGAACCGAAAACGACAAAGAAGCCAGAAAAGAAAGAAAAACAAACAGAAGUUGCUGUUAAGGAAGAAGAGGAGGAGAAAAUGGAUAUUGACGAUAAUUCUGACACCGAAAGUAAAGAAGAUAUGAUAGAGACACGAAGGAACACUAGGAGGACACCAGCAGACAAAGCUGUAGAAAAGGUGAAGAAGGUGGUGAAAGAAGAGCGGGACUCUAGAUUCAGAAAGGCCAAAAAAGAAGGGGGAUAGUGUUAUUAUAAGUACAAAGACAAGGCGCCAAUCAGCUCAACGACGUGCCAAGCUUCAAAACGAAGCUUGGCACGUCGUCAAUUUUAUGGCAUUAAUAUUUAUAUCUUUUAGAAAUUUCCAUUUCCCUUAACGAUAGCAUUGUCAAGUUUGGUAAACAAUGUCAUCUACAGUAUACCAUUGAUGGCAUACCUACACAUAGAAGCUAUAACACCAAAACGUUCAUAUAUUCUCAAGACCAUCUUUCCUAUAUCGGCUGGGCGAGCACUGGCAGUGGGGUUUGCUUACUUUGGAUUACUCAAAGUGCCUGUUUUUUAUGCUCAAACAGGUAAGGAUAAGGUGGUGGGGCUUUUAUUACCUUAGCCUUGCUGUAACGUUGAUUUACUUCAGCCUUAUCUUACUUUAUCUCGCUUUCGUCUACACUACCCUACAUUGUUCUAUAUAUACUAUCCAACCCUACCCUAUUCUAUCUUACUCUAUCCUAUUCUACCCUAUCUUUAUUUACUUUAUCUUACCUUAUCUUACCCACUAUAUCUUGUCUAUAAUAACUUUUUGUUACUUCAGUAAAAGCCACGAUGCCAGUGUUCACGGUGAUAAUCUCACGUUACAUUCUGGGCGAAAGGCAGACUCUACGAAUAUACAUGUCAUUACUGCCAAUCAUUAUUGGAGUGUUUAUUGCAUCAAUAACAGAACUAUAA